GCGUAAUUCAAGCCCGCUGAGCGGUGUGCGCCGGCAGCAGUACGUGUUUUAACAAAUUAAAACUUUUUUUGUCCCUACGCUCAGCUUCGAUCUCGGUGUUAUUAGGUAUAAAAUAAGGCGCGAAUGAUAAACGGAGAAUACUUCAAUUUAAGUGUCGUCGCGUGACUGUCGUUUGUGUUUGCCUUUUUUUUGUAACUGUAAUCUUACGCGGAGUUGCCUGGAGUUGCCUGGAGCUGCUCUUCCCAUAUAAUAUAAUACGAAUCGAAUCUGCAACGGAGUAAGAGCACGUUAUGGCGAAAUUCUGGAAUGCACUCACACGCCGCAAAACGGACGAUGUCAACGAGGGCGAGUCCCAGCUGGCGCGAGUCCUUAAUCUGUUUGAUUUGACGGCCCUCGGUGUGGGCAGCACACUCGGACUGGGCGUCUAUGUGCUGGCUGGACAGGUGGCCUACAACAUUGCCGGUCCGGCGGUCACCAUUUCCUUUCUGAUUGCCGCCGUUGCCUCCGCCUUUGCGGGCAUUUGCUAUGCGGAGUUUGCUGCUCGUGUGCCCAAGGCUGGCAGUGCCUAUGUCUACAGUUAUGUGACCAUUGGCGAGUUUGUGGCCUUCACCAUUGGCUGGAACUUGAUCCUCGAGUAUGUGAUUGGCACUGCCAGCGUGGCUCGCGGCUUGAGCGGCUACUUUGAUGCGCUGAUCGACAACAACAUGUCCAAGGCGCUGAAUGAAUCGAUGCACAUGAAUGUCGACUUCUUGGGCGACUAUCCUGACUUUUUGUCCUUUGGCAUGGUGCUGCUGUUGGCUGGCAUCCUCGCCUUUGGCGCCAAGGAGUCCAGUUUUCUGAACAACAUUUUCACGUGCGUCAAUUUGGUGACGAUUUGCAUUGUGCUCGUUGCCGGCUCCAUGAAUGCCAACACCGCCAACUGGCGCAUUCCUCAGGAUCAAGUGCCCGAGGGUUUUGGCACGGGUGGCUUUAUGCCCUUUGGCCUUGCUGGCGUCAUGGCUGGCGCGGCCAAAUGUUUCUUUGGCUUUGUGGGCUUCGAUUGCAUUGCCACCACGGGCGAGGAGGCCAUCAAUCCGAAGCGCAAUAUUCCCCUGUCGAUUGUCAUCUCGCUGAUUAUCAUCUUUCUGGCGUACUUUGGUGUCUCCACGGUGCUGACCAUGAUGCUGCCGUACUACCUGCAGGACAGGGAUGCGCCCUUCCCGGCUGCCUUCGAUGCCGUUGGUUGGAUCACCAUCAAGUGGAUUGUGACCAUUGGAGCGGUGUUUGCGCUGUGCACCAGCCUGCUGGGUGCCAUGUUCCCACUGCCACGCAUCCUGUACGCCAUGGGCAACGAUGGCAUCCUCUUCAAGCGGCUGUCCAAGGUGCAUCCGUACACGAAGACACCGCUCAUAGCCACCAUUGUCUCGGGCAUCUUUGCAUCUGUCAUGGCCAUGCUUUUCAACCUCGAUCAACUGGUGGACAUGAUGUCCAUUGGCACGCUGCUGGCCUACACCAUUGUGGCCAUUUGUGUGCUGGUGCUGCGCUACCAGGACGAGGACAUGACCAAGCUGGUGUCUGUGAAGGCGCCCAAUGUCUUCCGGCAGUUCUUCAAUGGCAACUCGUAUCGGGAGCCCAACAGCAUGACCUCCGGCAUCACCAAGAUCGGCAUCGUGGUCUUUGCCAUCGUCUGCCUUGUGUGGUGCUCGCUGCAAAAGGUCUUUGACCUCAACAGCACUGGUGGCAUUGUCUCGCUGAGUCUCGUGGGCGUUGUGCUCAUCCUCAUUGGCAUUGUCAUUGGCAUGCAGCCCGUGUCCACCAUUGAGCUGACAUUCAAGGUGCCACUGGUGCCGCUUGUGCCCUGCCUCAGUGUCUUUGCCAACUUGUAUCUGAUGUUCCAGCUGGAUCUGAACACGUGGAUACGUUUCCUCAUCUGGAUUGUGAUUGGUUAUGUCAUCUACUUCUGCUAUGGUUUGCGCAACUCCACGCAGAUCUCGAGGAAUCGCAAUCACGCCGAGGUGGCAGCCAAUGCGCUGCAGCAGCAGCGAGAUAAUAAUUAUCAUGGCCAGCACGAGAAUCGUGCCUUCGAGCCGGACUUUAAGGCGGAAAAUGGCUUCAAGUCGCCACCGCCGUACGAGUACUCCGAGAAGCUUUAAGCAAAAGUAUUAUAGGAAUCCCCACACCCCCUUCCGAUUUUACACAAUUUCAACUUCAUUUUGACUCCUCGACAUUUACUCUUGAAUAGAACAAAGACUCUUCUUGCCUUUCCCAGCAGCCAGCACGUGUAUGUGAGAGAGAUGAAUAGAUUGCGCAUAAAAAUUAAAUGGAUCUGCAGCCAUCACUUAACCCAUUCCACAUCUAAACAUCUACACACAUUCCAUUGUAUAACCCAUGUUUGUAGCAGCGGAUCUGUUAUUUCUAUGCGCCACACACGCUUCCUUUCGUAAGCGACUUCUAGAGAGAGCUCCAGUAAACCCCAGACUCUAUUUAAUCCAUUUCGUCAUUUUAUUAAACAAUUACCCUAACUGUUUAUACAGUCAACUUUUAGCGCUUUUAAACCACUUUUAACUCUGCUUAAACUACCCUAAAGAAACCCCUAGGAAACCCCAUAUGAAAUACCCUUCGCAGUGCCCCCCAAUUUGUUGUGAUAUUUGUAAAUAUGUAUACACACACACACACCCCCCAAACAUAUAUUUAUGUAUGUAUGUAUAGAGCUAUAAUGAUCCCAUAUUUGUAUAGUUUUUUUGUAUCACAAUUUAAUGUAAAUGAAACCAUUAUUUUAUGUACAAUAUCAACGCAGAAUGCAGGCUGCAAUUUGCAGGCUUGGCCUUGUGGCCUCAGAGCUGCACUUAGUUUUUAAGCUCUUUAGCUGCUCUAAGCCUUUUCCACACAUUUGUUUAACUAUUUUGCCAAAACCCAGAAACGAAUUUUACCCCUGUCCCCUGUCCACUCCCAUCAAUUGUUUGCUUAAUAAUAAAAUCCAAUGUUGUUCAUCAUUAAAACGGAUGAGAUAUUUAAUUGAAA